CUGAAUAACAGUAAAGCUGCGUUUAUUUUCUGUCUUUAUAUCAUAAAUCAGUUCAUCAUCAACACCAAAUCAGUCUCUGGAGAACAGAGAUGAGGACAAGAGACUUUUAUUUUAAACUGAGACAAAGCCAGAGAUUGAGUCAUUUUCCUCUGUUAAUGAUGCUCUUCAUCUUGUCCAAACCCACAGAACAGCAGAUUAUUAUAAAGAUGGCGUUUAUUAAAGAGGAGAGUGAAGACAUCAAGAUUGAAGAAACAUUCACAGUCAAACAUGAAGAGACUGAAGAAGCUUUCAGAGUCAAACAUGAAGAUCCUGAGGAACAAACAGAGCUGAUGCCACUCAAAGAUGAGAGUCAAGAACAGAAUGAGACGGAAGAGACUGUUCAAGAUGAGGGAUGUCUUGAUCUCAGAUCUGGAGAAGCAUCAGAACAGACGGAAACCUCGCAAAAAACAGCCGAAUCGAACACCUGCCAUCACUGUGGAAAGAGCUUCACUCGGAAACAGUACCUUACAAACCACAUGAGGAUUCACAAUGGAGAAAGGCCUUUCAAAUGCCACCAGUGUGUAAAGAUAUUCACACAGAAGCAAAACUUUCUUGACCACAUGAGGAUUCACACCGGAGAAAAGCCGUACACCUGCCAACAGUGUGGGAAGAGUUUCACUUGGAAACGGUACCUCAUAACACACACGAGGAUGCACACCGGAGAAAAGCCGUACACUUGCCAAGAGUGUGGGAAGUGUUUUGCUCGGAAACAUAUGCUUACAAUCCACAUGAGGGUUCACACUGGAGAACGGCCUUACCCUUGCCAAGAGUGUGGAAAGGGUUUCACUCAGAAACAUAUCCUUAUAGACCAUAUGAGGAUUCACACUGGAGAAAGGCCUCACGUUUGCCAACAGUGUGGAAUGAGUUUCACAUGGAAACAAUACUACACCGAGCACAUGAGGACUCACACGGGAGAAAGGCCUCACGCUUGCCUACAGUGUGGGAAGAAUUUCACCUGUAAACAAAACCUCACCGAUCAUAUGAGGAUUCACACCGGAGAAAAGCCGUUCACUUGCCAACAGUGUGGGAAGUGUUUCACUUGUAAACCAAACCUUAGAAGCCACAUGAAGGUUCACACUGGAGAAAGGCCUCACGCCUGCAGUCAGUGUGGAAAGAGUUACCCUUGGAAAAAAAACCUUAAGGAGCAUAUGAGAGUUCACACUGGGGACCAACUUUCAGAUGCAAACACUUCCUUGAUUCCCAUGUGAUGCCUCAUAAUACUGUAAAGCUUUACACCAGUGGCACCCCUAGAGAAUUUUCAAUGGGUUAGCCAGAUGAGGUCACACCAAACCUUGUGGUGCUGCACUAAAAGGAAUGAAUUC